GAAAAGCUGAGUAAAUCAAUUGAUACCAUAAAUACUUAGAGAUACAUAAAGAUAGGCAUCACAACCAAACCAGUAAAAGAAAAUGUCUGAUGAACCAAGAUGUCUUCUGUCUCAUCCAGCUUUCACUCAGCAUAACUUGUCCAUGGACUGCGAAUCUGUCCUUCCCCUCGGCUGCUUUACCUGCGGCGGAAAAUACACUGUGAGGCAGGAAGAUUAUGUCAGGUUCUACUGCGAAACCUGCGAUGUGGAGUUCCACAACAGUUGUCAUAAGCGUCCCAGGAGGAUUACACAUCCUUAUCACCUCCAACACCCUCUCACUCUCUUCUAUCGCGACCCUGAAUCCGGAACCAUAUCCAACAUCAUCCCCGACGCCAACCCUUACGGGCCCGACAUAUUUCAACAAGAACCCGACACAUCUGAUGAAGGGAAGUACAAGUUUGUCGAUAUUGUUCCGUCCAAAUCUGAUAUCAUAUUCGACGAAUGCAAUUGGUGUGGAAGUGAUUUAAAAGGUGAUUGGUUCUAUCGUUGUUUGAUAUGUAGCUUUUGCUUGGAUCUCUCUUGUGUGAAAUCGUUUCCACCUCUUACUAUAAAAAACCCCAAAGGUCAUCACCACUCGCUCAUCUUCUUACCCCGGCCAUUACUAGUUCCAUGUGAUGCUUGUGGGUUGGUGAACGCGUUGGAACCAAGCUAUGCUUGUUUCCAGUGUAACUACAUGGUUCAUCAAAGUUGUAUCGACUUACCCCGAGUCAUCAAGAUCACGCGUCACCCACACCGUCUCCAUUAUAUUCCUUACCGUUCACCUCUGAGUUCCUUAUGCCGGAUUUGCUACAAAAAGGUUGAUGUCAAGUUUGGGCAAUAUUCUUGCGAUGGUGAGGGUUGCGUGUAUGUAGCCCAUUCCAAAUGUGCAACACAUAAGACUGUUUGGGAUAAAAAAGAGCUCGAAUGGGAACCAGAAGAGCCCGAUCGCGAAGAGGAUAUCGCACCUUUCAAGAACCUUGGUGAUGGUUACAUAAAGCAUUUUUGUCACGAACAUCAUCGUUUGAAGAUCAAGAAACAUGAUGGUGUUGUAGACAUAGAAAAGCUAUGCGAAGCGUGCGUAUAUCCUAUUGUCUCCAACCAAUUCUAUGAUUGUGAGGAAUGCGAUGAUUACUCUCUCCACGAGGUAUGUGCUGGUCUACCUAAAAAGCUGGAUCAUGCAUUGCACAAUCACACUCUUAUCUUAGUCCCAUCUCUCCCAAACUACACGUAUUGUUCAACUUGUUCCAGAACAUCCACUGGUUUCAAGUACAUAUGCUCUAAAGAGGAUUGUCAAAGGUUUAUACAAAUAGAUGUUCGAUGUGUUUCGGUUCCAGAGUGUUUCACCCAUAAAAGUCAUGAUGACCAUCCCGUUUUUAUAUCAACAUUCGAUAGCAACAAAGAUUGUAAACGUUACAAGAAAAGAUGUUCAGGGUCUCAUGUAGAGUGUCCGGAAUGUGAAUACGCUCUGUGUUAUCCAUGUGCUACCAUUCCAGAUGAAAUAAACUACAAGUACGACAAGCAUCCACUCACCCUUUCCUACGGCGAAGAAAAAAGCAGCAGCGCUGAUGAUGUCUACUGGUGCGAGGUGUGUGAAAAAUUAUUAGACCAAAAGGAAUGGUUCUACACAUGUGAAGAGUGUUGCACCACUAUCCACCUUCAAUGCUUAUUUGAAUCCUCUUUUUUUAUGAAGCCUGGUUCCAAGUUCAAGCUACAUUAUAUAUAUAAAUCUGCGGGAGUUAUCCGCAACAGUAGUAACAGUCGAGAACGUUGCAAAGCAUGUGGUAACCUUUGCACAUGUUCAAUCUACUACGAUGGCUACAAGGAUAUUGAGUAUGAAUAUUACAAAAACAUGAGUCCUAGAGUUCCUAUUUGCUCUUUCGAUUGUCUAAUUCAGGGAGAAUGGUAAUGUACACCUCUUUGUUGGUUGGUGUUACGUUCCUUUGUUUGUCAAACAUUCACUGUCUUCGAGUUCAUUAGUAUUUCCUUACAAAUUUUCUUUCAGUUUUCUCUUUGGAUAUGUGAUGGUUUCUACAGGGAAGAAAAAAAAAAAGCAAGUUACAACAGAUACUUUUUUCAAACUGACCGUAAAUAAGUUAACAAGAAAAGUUGAAUAUGUGUGGCAACCUUUGCACAGGCGCAUCUGCUUUCUUCCUGGUUCCAUUGUACGAUGGAAGAUGGAAACAACUUAAAGCAUUGAUGAUGCAUAAAGCUGCUUCAAAAGUACCAGGAAAACCUUGCAUUACUUCCACGCUACUGAUCGCACGAAUCCAAGAAGGGAAAGGAUGUG